AUGGAAUGUCAAGCCAGCUUACAGCCUGCGGCACACCGGCCUCAGCUACUGCCUCUGCCGCCGUCUGUCUCGCCCUCACCUACACACUCACCCUCACCCUCACCUUCGCAGCCUCCCACCAACCUUCGCAUCCGUCGCAAGCUGCAAAAGACACCAAAGCAGCUCUGGAUCAAGGCGUCUGCUCGCAAUCGCUCCCACUCGACAGCAGCAUCCACGUCCACGUCGACGCCCACUACAGCGACCUCUGCGUCCCCAUCCGGCAUAUCACCACGUUCCCCCCCCCCUUUGGAAUGCUCUGUGGCCGAGACAUCUCAGACUCGUGAGCGGCCCACCAUCCCCAUGCCGACAGAUCUCAGCGACUCAAAAUGGCUCGAAUAUAUCGAGCGCAGCGGCCUCAUGAGCUCCCCAGAUUUACCAUAUGGUCUCGGCACUUCGCCCUCCCACUCCAUCCUCUCUGACUUUUCCAACCUCACCGUCUCUCGAUCCUCGCCUCGUCCUUCACUGGACAGCGUCGCUUGCUCCCCACCGCCACCGAGGUCGUCCUCGUCCGCCUCCAUCAUGCACAAGCCGCGCAAGUCCAUCUCCAAGAGGAGCCUCAUUGCCCCGGCAUUCAAGCUCGCGCACUUUGACGGUCUCUCCCCCAAGAAGAGCGUCAAGGAGAUUCGGGUGGUCAAGAGGAAAGCGAGCGUCGAGCUCAUCGCCGAGCAGUACCAGGCUUUUCUCGAGUCGAGGGAUGCCGAGGAGGAGGAGGAGGCCGCCGCGUCAGAAGAAGAGGAGCGCCUCGAGGCUUUGAAGAACACAAUAGACCCACCGAUGCCAACGCCACCACAAGACGCUCCUCUGCUGCUUGAGCCCGUCCGCUUUGACCCGAGCAAACAUGCCACGCCGGUGCGGCAGCAGUCGCCGAAAGGCUCGCCGGUCCGAGAUACAUCAUCAGACCGCCAACGGGAGACCAUUGUCGAAGCACCACGUCCCGACGCCACCACCUUGUCUCCCGGCUCCGAUGGGACCCUCGUGGCCUUUGAGGAGGAUGCCAUCUACUUCAAGCCCGUGUCCUUCUCUUGCGACCCGUCACCGCCAGCCUCCCGGCGCCAGUCGCUCGACAAACCGCUGCCCCGAACACCCCAACCCGAAACGACACCCUUGUCCGCAUCCAUCUCGAUGCUGUCCAAGGAGCUGACGGCCGGCAUGCCCAGUGAUGCGCUGCAGAUUGGCGUCAUGAUCGAGGCGUACGAGCGACUGAGGGACCAGACCGACACCAAGGACAUGGGCGAGGAGGAAAGACGAAAUAUGCGAUCCAUGUUUGAUUCCUGGCUGGCUGCCCUCCAUACCAUGCAGAGGGGUCUGCGAGGCUCGCAGUCCAGCGCGAGGAGCGAUGAAUGA